AUGACUAAAAUGAAAGAAAAAUUGAUUCGUGAACGGGAUGAACACCAGGAUGAAAAUCGUAAACUGCGACAACAGAUCGAGGAGACACGCAGUCGAACAGCCAACUAUCAAAAUGAGCUUUUGGAAUCACAGAACAAAAUCACAGAGCUGACACAAGAAAUUCAGGCGAGUCUCUCCGACCCGAUUUUCAUGAACCGUGAUGAUACGAACAAAAGGGAGAUAGCUGAAAACAAAGAGAUAGCUCAACGAGAAUUGCGGAAGAAGGAGCGGAUGGAAAGAGAACUGAAACAAGUUCGAGCGGAAGUGGAGGCUAAAAUGGAGGAAAUACGACUCACUUCUACCGCGGUGGAAAAGUUGAAGCAGGAAUUACGACAAAAGGAAGAGGAAAAUCGUGGAACAAAAGUUUCUCUUGAACAGGCUAGUCGACAGUUGCAGGUGACGGAGACAAAACUCCGUGAGUGUCAGGCCAAAUUGGAGUCACAAAUCCAGGUUACCGAUUCUGUUAUGGUAGAAAAUCAGACCCGUUUGGCUGAGGUGAAACAACGAGAAGAUGAGGUGGCCGCGAUGAAAGCAGAGUGUCAGAAAUUGUUGAAACAACGUGAAGCAGCCCAACGGAAAUUGAGGCAAAGUGAAGAGGACAAAGCGCAGUUGGAAGCCACACGGGAUCGACUCCGAAGUGAAAUACAGGCGUAUGAGAAUGAAAUUGAAAUGAUGCACAAGACACUGGACGCAGAUCGUCGCACAUGUGAUGAAUUGUCCAAGGAGAAGGAACAACUGAACAAAAGUCUGACCAAAGCCGUCGCCCAGACAACGAAACAGACCAAUCUGUUAAAAAUGCACGAAAUGUCUAAACAGAAUUUAGAGCAGGAGAUUGUCAACUAUCGAGAUGAGGCUCAAAAGCAAAGGAAAAUUAUUUAUAAACUGGAACGUGAACGAGAUCGUUACAUAACCGAGGCGUCAGAAUUGACACAGAAAGUACUACAACAUAUGGAUGAGUUAAAAUAUCGAGAGAUGCAAAUAUUUGAGAAUAAGAAACGGAUUGCCGAGGCGGAGACAAAAUUAAAACAACAACAGAAUUUGUACGAGGCUGUACGAAGUGAUCGAAAUUUGUACAGUAAAAAUUUGAUCGAGGCUCAAGAUGAGAUCACGGAAAUGAAACGUAAACUGAAAAUCCUGUCUCAUCAAAUAGAUCAGCUAAAAGAUGAUAUUGCUACAAAAGAGGCAAUUUUAGUCAAGGAAAAUUUAGAACGACAGAAAGUGGACAAAGAACGAGAACAAUUAGCCAAAGAUCUGCAACGCAUGAAAAUACAAGCGGCUGAGAAUCGAGCCUAUAUUGAAGCCCAGGAGGCCGAGGAGGGCAAAUUGCUGAAGAUUGUGGCCGAGGCUGAACAGGAACGGCUACGGGAACGGAAAGAACACGAGCAAGUGAUCAAUGAGCGUGAUGUACUCGGCAGUCAGUUGGUCCGUAGAAAUGACGAACUCGCGUUGCUCUACGAGAAAAUUCGCAUACAACAGUCUGUUUUGUGCAAGGGUGAAAAACAGUUCAACGACCGAUUACGUGAUCUGAAUUUACUCAAACAAGAAGUACGUAAAUUGCGUCGAGAGAAGGCUGUACUGCAGUCCACGGCAUGCAAAAUUAACGAUCUGAAAACGGAAGUGCAUCGCGUGCAACGGGAUUUGAUCCGGGAACGCACACGCGCGCGAGCAUUGGAAGAAGAGUUACAAAACCCGGUGAAUGUGCACAGAUGGAGGAAACUUGAGGGCAGUGAUCCGUCCACAUAUGAGAUGAUUUUAAAGAUCCAGGUACUUCAGAAACGUUUGAUUAGCAAGACCGAAGAGGUUGUGGAAAAAGAGUUACUCAUACAAGAAAAAGAAAAACUGUAU